GCAACCCAAGCUCGUCAAUUCUCGGAAGAUAAGCAGCUUUGAGCCUGGAUCGUUACCUACAUGGACGACCACCGUGCAUCACCGAUAUCCAUAGACUUCGGGGUUAUGUGCCCAUUAGGCAGCUGUGGGGAGUGCAGGGGUGUGGGUGAAGGCGAUCAAUCGUUGUACUGGACUAUCCCCCAACAUCUAUGCUUCUCGCCCUGAGCAAUCCACACUAAACCAGCGUGGUAAAAAGUAUGGUCAAAUAACCCCCACCGCGGCCCGUACGACGCGGGGUUGCGUUCAUUCAGCAUUGAACUGACACACACACAAAAAAAGGCAUAGCCUAUAUGCAGUGACGCCCAUGACCUAAAGCACACAAGGAAAUUCCUUUCAUAUUACAGCACUGCACUGGAACGUCACGACUGGCCAAACCUCCACUCGGACUAGCUCAGUGGCUGCAAAGAUGCUUCACGAUGCUCACACACCUCUCACUCAAAGACCAAUGGGGACUAUCGAUUGCCUCGUGAAGCGGAGGGGAGUGUCUCUAUUGGGGGGUUGCGUUGGAAUGUUUGUAAGAGCGUCACGAGAUGGAUCCGUGAAGCGAUCCUAAAAUGUCACCAAUCCUCACUCAGAAUGAAGAGGAAAACUCAAGUACAGAAAUUGGGCUUGUGCGGGUGCCCAACCUCCACGUCCACACGAUGGCCGAGGAUGUGCUGUAUCACCUCGGCCUGGGAACUUUGACCCAUGACCUCCCCGCCAUGUUUGGAGACGUUAAGUUUGUUUGUGUUGGAGGCAGCGCGUCCCGCAUGCGCGAGUUUGUCGGGAUUCUGUGCACGAAACUCGCCCUCUCGGAGACGGUUCAGGAUCCCAUCAUCAACCUCUGUGGCAACAAUGACCGCUACAGCAUGUACAAGGCGGGACCCGUGCUGGCAGCCAGUCACGGCAUGGGGGUCCCUUCCAUGUCCAUUUUGCUGCAUGAGCUAAUAAAGCUGUUGCACCACGCGCGUUGCCGUGAUGUUACCGUCAUUCGUAUCGGCACGUCGGGUGGACUCGGUCUGGAGCCCGGCACGGUGGUGGUGUCGCGCUCGGCUGUAGACGCACGCUUCCAGCCUCAGAUGGAGCAGAUGGUGCUGGGCAAGUCUGUGGUGCGCAGCACGGAGCUGCACGCCGGGCUGGCUGCCGAGCUGGUCGCCUGUGGCCGCGCCGUGGGCGGCUUCCAAACCGUGUUGGGCAACACCAUGUGCACGCACGACUUCUACGAGGGCCAGGCCCGGUUGGACGGUGCCGUGUGCACGUACAGCCACGAGGAGAAGCUGGUGUAUCUGCGCGCGGCGCACGAAGCGGGGGUGUGCAACAUCGAGAUGGAGUCGUCCGUGUUUUCCGUGCUGUGCCGUCUCAGCGGUCUGCAAGCGGGCGUGGUGUGCGUGACGCUCCUCGAUCGACUGGCGGGGGACCAGGUGAGCAGUCCACACGACGUCCUGGCUGAGUUCGCGCGCCGCCCCCAGCAUCUCGUCGUAGAGCUGAUCCGCACGCGGCUCUCCGGCCUCGAGAAGCAACGAAGAGACUGCGCCGCACCCGGGCACGCAGCACCUUGACGGCUAAAGGCGCACGGCUGCAGCUGCAAGAAUUGGUGAAUCUGUCAUCGCUGGUGAAUUAAAUCGUUGAUUAGUUCGAUUUGAACACAUUUUGCACGUAAAUUGCGUCAAGAAAUAGUUUCUAUGCGUGAGUGUUCAACACGUGCAUUUGAAGCUCAGGAUUUCAUUGCAUCAACGAUGUCAUCAUCAUCAUCAUCACGGUCAGUACCGCUGAUGAUGACAUCGUUGUCAUCACUCGCCGGCACCGCAUUGCGCUGGGCUUGCACUGCGGUGACGUCACCCCGUGUUGAAUGUCCCAAAUCCUGCGAUGCCCACCACUUUAAAAUAGCUGUCAAUUGAUAAACCCACAAAUGUGUUGUACUUAAUUGAUUCAAGAUGACAAAGAGUGAUCCACCGUCCUCCCACCUUCCGAUUGAGUUGCUGAAAACUGAGCUCGAGAUAAAUUAUUAAACACACAGCAAUCUGUCUGUUUAUGGAAAAAAAUAUCGUAACAUUUCUACUUGCACCAUUUUGUCAGGCAAAUUCUGGACUGGUUUUGAAUUUGUGAGUCUCAUUGGCAAAAUUAGGCCUGUUAAACCACAUAAUUCUGGUUGUCUGAUGUUAUUAACAAGAGCAUCCAUGAAUGUUAUGGAUGGCUCAUUUUGCACAAAACAAAAAUGUAACAAUUAUGCACUUAAUAUAUAUUUUUUAUGUGUACAGACAGACAGCAGGGUGGUGGUGGCGGUCACCUCUAACCCAGAAUUUACCUAUUUAUCCUGCAAAGCUGCAAUGUUGUGAAACUUCCGUGAGUGCCAAGGUGCCAUAUCCUGGCUUUCCAGGAGAAGGCAGUGCAGUUAAUGCGGGCUCUUAGCAAUUCCAUCUACCGUGUAUGGGGAAGAGUGUUUCCCUCUUACACGCGUGAGUUUUUCCUUGGGUGCUCUAAUUUCCUCCCACAUAUAAACACUCAUGAAUUAACUGAAAAUAUCUUAAUAUGUACAUAUAUAUAGGGGACUGCACUAAUAUACGACCGAUAAUCUUCUGUCGUGGUGCAUAGCACACUUGAUUUUAUAUUGGGAUGGUUGCGGACUUUUAGUGUGACAACAAGUUUUAUUACAUUGGAUGUAUGUAAUCAGUGGUAUUUAAAGUAUAACAUAGAUUUUCUAUUUAAUAUUGCCAAGUACUACUUACUCCAAUUUCUAUUAUUGAGAUUGAUGUAGGGCUGAACGGCAAGAUGCAAAUGGUAAAAAUGAAGGACUUGUGCCAAUGCUGGCACCCUUUCCAUCGUCUUGUGGGUGACGACGCUUCGUUUUCUAGUUUUCAACUCGAUUCUUCCCUGCAAACAUACUUUGCUACUGUACUGUUAUUCUCCAUUCACCUCUGAAUAUUCCUGUUGUUGUCACCGCAACUCGCCUCGAGUUUCAUGACGGGGUUACUUUAAUGAUUUUGUUUUGCAGCGUAGAUAGAGUAUACUCCGUCUCUCCAGAGGGCACUUGUUUUUGUAAACGGACUAAAUGGUGUGCCUACAGUAGUCAAGCUCUCAAAUAUAAACCUUUUGCAAUAUCGGCUAGUGAGGCAAAGACACGUGGAGGUUAAUCAUUUUACUCAGAAUGUACUUAUGGAUACAUUGAUACGUUUCUAUUUGUGCCAUGAAGGCGUUUUGGGAUGUCAAAUUCCACAGCAGUAAUUUUCUCAAAGUAAUGCAUUUUUUGACCUUCCUUGUCAAAUGUUAAACGCCACCCUAAAUUCCCUGCUUUGCCCGCGUUGGCCUUUCCAUACUGAUUCUACCCAGGCAGCCUAUGAACGCAACAAUUAACACUUUGGAGGCAACUCGGGGUAAUAUGAUUUUUAAAUGAUGGUUAACUGAAUAGAGAUACGCUACAAAUAGCAAAAAGCACUGUAUUUUGGCUGCUCACCCGAUACAGGCAUAAAAUUAAAUGCAUUCACUGAUGAAUACUCAGUAAGCCUCUCUCGACGGAUUUAGCCAACCUGUAUUAUUAAGCUUUUUUUAUUUAUUUAUCGUGGCACUCUAUCUUAUGUAAUAUAUGUAAACUACAUUGCACUUCUCCCAAUGUCCUCUGCAAUGUCCCCUGCCACGGCUAACGUCAAAUCCGUGUGAUAUCCUCACCUGUCAGGGAUGCUCGCUUCAACUCCCACUCACCAGUUUGGUGAAGUAUGGCCAAACAAUACCCACGACUGACACAGCAUGGUAUGGGAAGUCCUUUCCCAAUGCCUGGCUUUACAAAGCGCUGUACAUUAUUAGCUUUAUUGAAGCGAUUACGACCAAAUUACCUUCAUUGUACUUUAUAGUGUCUGAUCUCGGAAGCUAAGUAGAUGUGAGCCUGGAUAUUGCUUGGAUGGGUGACCACCAUGCACAACAGCCUUUGGGGAUACGACGUGGACAGCAGACAACAGUGGAGCGAAAUCAAUUGCUGUACCUGGAUGUGUGUACGUUUUUAUUAAAGUAGAUAUUAAACGUCCAUCAACCUUGGCGAUAUAGCCGGAGAGAUUUAAAGCUUUUGCUUUCAAUGUGCUUCAAGGCCUUUUCACAAAACGUACUGUCUGGUACAUGCAUAUGUCAUCUUUGGCGUGACACCUCCCUCACUUUAUGUACGGGGCUGCAUGUAUGUUGGUUAUGUAUUGCCUGCAUUUGCAUGGGGGAUGCGUUACGGAGUAUAUCUCAACACAAUGGAUUUUUUUCUGUAAGUUCGCGAAAACCUGUUGUUAUAGCUGUCUGAUGUGUUAUCAGAUUCAGUUAAACCGUAGCCAAUGCAAUGAUUCAUGUUUGUUUUUCGGUUGGGCGACGUGGUAGUUUUAUGCAAAAAUAAUCUUCAUUAACCCUCCACGACCUGAAAAAAUUGCCUCGUUUUCAAAGACAUUAUUAAUAUGUGCCAAUGUAUUGAUCAAAUUGUUUUGAAUAAAACUCCUAUCCAGUUGCUUAAGACUUUUCACGACUGAAUUUAACAUCAUCAUUGUUGAUGUGCUUCGAUUGAUGUGUUUUCAGCUUGUACUGCAGGUUUCACUCCAUAUUCUUAAAACAAGAACAAGUCGUGUAACCUGAAAACACUUCAUAAUUGUAAACGCUACGUACAGUACUGCAGUCGUGCAAACCCAGUUUUUAUUCCAACAGCACAGGGUGAUCCAUUUUAUAGAUGUGCCACUGAAAUAAUCAACAGAAAUUGAGAGAAAACUAAUUUUACGGAACAAACCUCCCAGGAGUGAGUUAGGUAUCCAUACAUUGUUCACUCUGUGUAUAGAGCAAUACAGGUGGCUUAGUAACUCGGGUUAAUCGUAAUGGCCAUGUUAAACACUGAGCCAACAACACUGCUGAGAGGCUGGGUUCUAAUUUGGGAAGUCGCCCAUUUACCCUGGGUUCUCAGGUGCGUGUUGUUGAUGGUCUCAGUUCGCUCAUGAGUGCGCAAAGCAAUAAUACGAUCGGUUUCAAUGUUUAACUUAAUUUGGCAAGAUGCAGACUUCGUAGCUAAAGUAUUACAUUCAUGUGUGUCAUGCAGGGAGACACUUUCUACAAAGAACGGAGUGCAAUGUAGUGUCGGUCAAGAUAGACUUUCUAAUUCAAAGAGACUCCAGAAGUAAAUCCAUGGUGUCAUCCUCUGGAGUUAUUUCUUGGUGUGAUAUAACGCUUUGAUGAUGGAGGGAGUUCUAAAAGAUUGAUUCGUUUCACCCCGUGACCCUGACAGCACAAUGUGAUGUUGGUAAUGACAUGUAUUAUAUUGUACAUUUUGAAUUAAAAAACGUGAAGGGAAAAAAA